CUCAAUUCGGUUUUCGAAAAGGUAAAGGAACAAAUGACUGUCUAGCGUUGCUCUCUUCAGAUAUACAGCUGGCCUAUGCGCACAAGGAGCAACUGGCUUCAGUUUUCUUGGAUAUUAAGGGCGCUUUUGAUUCUGUUUCCAUAGAAGUACUGUCGGAAAAUUUGCACAGUAGUGGAUUACCCGUUAUUUUGAAUAAUUUCUUGUACAAUUUGUUGUCAGUAAAACAUAUGAACUUUACUCUCGGCACUCUGACAACUUCCAGAAAUAGCUACAUGGGCCUUCCCCAAGGUUCAUGUUUAAGUCCCUUGCUUUACAAUUUCUAUGUUAAAGAUAUUGACAAUUGUUUGGAAGGACAAUGCACGCUUAGACAACUUGCAGAUGAUGCCGUGAUCUCCCUAAGAGGUUCAUGUGCAAAUGUCCUGCAAAGACCAUUGCAAAAUUCCCUAAAUAACCUGACUGUUUGGGCCAGACAUUUAGGGAUCGAGUUCUCUCCGCAAAAAACUCAGUUGGUUGUGUUUACUAGGAAGCGGUACCCAGCUCAACUGAAACUAAAACUGUUGAAUGAUGACAUCAACCAAUCUUUAUCUUCUAAAUACCUUGGGGUCUGGUUUGAUUCCAAGUGUACCUGGAAAACCCAUAUUGAUUAUUUGUUAGAGAAAUGCCGAAAAAGGAUCCAUUUUCUCCGUUCUAUCUCUGGAACUUGGUGGGGCGCUCACCCGGAAGACCUCAUCAAACUAUAUAAAACGACUAUUCUCUCUGUUUUAGAGUAUGGCUCUUUCUGCUUCCUCUCAGCAGCUGAUUGCCACCUGAUCAAAUUGGAACGAAUUCAAUAUCGUUGUUUGCGUAUUGCCCUUGGCUGUAUGCAUUCAACGCAUAACAUGAGCCUGGAGGUGCUUGCUGGAGUCACUCCUUUAAAGCACCGUUACUGGGAGCUCUCACUUAGAAUACUGAUCAAAUGUGGAACAAGUAACACACUUGUAUUAGAAAACUUCGAUAAUAUGCUUGAACUGGCUCAUCGUUCAAGAUAUCUGCGAGUCUAUCUCAACUACAUAUCGUCAGAUCUCUGUCUUCCAUGUUAUAAUCCACCUCGAGUUUACUUCGUCAACGACAGUUCCUCAAUUGAAUACGAUCUGUCCAUGAAACACGCUAUUCAAGGAAUACCAGAUCAUCUUCGACAAAUAUCUAUCCCUUCCAUUUUUUCUGAAAAAUAUGAACAUGUCAAUUGCAACAACAGAUAUUUCACUGAUGGUUCUCGCAUUAACGGAUCCACUGGCUUCGGUGUUUUCAACGUAAGUUCAACCACCUUCCGAAAACUUCAGGAACCGUGUUCGGUUUAUGUUGCUGAGCUGGCAGCAAUUAAUUUCGCUUUGGGGAUAAUUUCCAAUCAGCCCGUAGACCAUUAUUUCAUCUUCUCGGAUAGUCUUAGUUCUAUCGAGGCACUCCGGUCGAUGAAACCUGUUAAGCACGCAUCUUACUUUCUUACAACUAUAAGAGAGCAGAUGCGUGAUUUGGUCGAAAGAUCAUUCAAGAUUACCUUUGUAUGGGUCCCAUCCCAUUGCCUAAUCUAUGGCAAUGAGAAGGCGGACUCGCUAGCAAAGGUGGGCGCACAGGAAGGUGAAGUUUAUGAUAGACAAAUCUCGAAUAACGAGUUUUUCCCAUUAGUCCGUCAGAGUACUCUUCAAAAUUGGCAAAUGAUUUGGUCACACAAUGAACUUGGACGGUGGCUAUUUUCCAUAGUUCCUAAAGUUUCUGCGCGAGCGUGGUUCAGAGAAUAAACCUGGUCGAGAGCAACCUAUGUAGGUGCGGAGCCGGUUACGAUGACAUCGAUCACGUAGUUUGGUAUUGCUCGGAAAAUGACGCCUCCAGAGAGCAACUAUUGGAUACCCUUGUGGCCCGAGGUAAACAACCCUUCCGGGAUAUAAGAGGUGUUUUGGGAGAUCGCGAUGUGAUAUAUAUGCAGGCCAUCUAUGCCUUCCUUUGCUUGGCUGACAUCAAAGUUUAAUGCCUAUAUUCUUCUCUUUCUCAGUUUUUUCUUGUCCGAUUCUGUUUCUCUGUACCAUGUACCCUGAAGCUCCGGCCAUCCGGAAGA